AUGUUUUUUUCUAAUAGAGCACCUAUUCCAUCUCCAAGUAGUAAUGAUAAAAUUACAAAACUCCAAACUACUUUAAAUAAUAUUUUGCACUGUUUGACUGACGCGUUGUAUUUAUUACCAGAUCUUGCGCCUAAGGUAACUUCUAGUUUGCAGUUAGAGGAAGGCGAAGAGUUGAAUGCUGCAAAACAUGAUAUACUUUACAGAGCGAAUUAUAUUUCGACAGGAUUCGAGUGCACAAAUAAUUUAAUUUCUGAAAUGCGUCAUUUAAAACCACUAAACGGAGAAAAAGCAGAAAUAUUCUUAGAAAAAAUUGAAGAGUUAAAGGCUAAAAACGAAAAUUGUAUUAGAGAAUUAAACAAUGUAUCAGAAGAAUGCAUAAUAGUGUUAGAUAAAUUAAAUAUCAGCAUUAGUAAAUACGUUGAGGACUCAAUAAACAAGAGCAUAAUGUUGAGUGAUACAGAAAAUAAAAUGAAUAUGACAUUAGGAGAAAUCUACGAGAUCAAUAAUGAUGCGCGCUUAAAUAGUGAAGUUUGA